AUGCCCCAUUCUCCUUCUGCGGAUCUGAUCUGCCCCUACUGGCCUCAGGACGAGACUAGAACCCCUACCGAGCCGCCUGGAUUCCAGGAAGAUGACGCAGCGCGUAAUGUCCCAUCUCCGAGAACAUCUAGCUCGACCGAUAGUCUAGAGGACUUCUUCAGGAUACCAGACUCGCCCCACGACAGCAUCCCCAUUCAUCCGGCAAUUCUUGCCAAUCUCGGGCCUUGGGAGAGUGACGACCUCCAGCUACAUGCUCCCCCAGCAGACGGCAUCACUAAUCCGGAGACAACCUGCCUGUAUCCUGAACCUCCAGCCAUUCUCAGAAGUCCAGCUAGCCGUUUUGAAGAGCCUGGCGAAAGGGAUGGUAGUGAUAAUGGCGGUAUUCAGAAAAGUCGUUAUGGCUGCCAACGAAUGCACCCUCCCUCGCCCGGCACCAGACUAGACCAAUCUUUCCCUGAUAGCCAUGGAAAGCACCAGAUUAAGCGAAGAACACAAAAGUUAGAGGGCGGAAUUCGCAAGCCACCUCGAGUUCGCUCCACGUCAGCACCCAGGGAAGAUUCCUUCGCUGCCCUUCGGUUUCAGUUCACGUCUCUACCACUAAAUGACCGUUUGCAAUUUUUACCCUGGCGAUUUGAAGGUGCACUAUCUCACUGCAUGUCUAACACCUCACAAACAGCAUGUGAAGAAUUAAAAGCACGGGAAAGCCGUCGCUCAAGCCCCUGGCCUGAGAUCGACCAAAGUCGGAGUGUGUGCAAGAAUGUCCGAAAGAGCUCGAGAAAGGGUAUGCCAUGGUCCACGGAAGAGGUGGGCCUCCUAGUGAAGCUAAGGAAAGACGAAAGUCGAUCAUGGUCAGAUGUGACGAGGGUAUUCUCGAAGCAGUACCCAGGGAGAAGUCAGGGCGCGAUGCAGGUUUACUGGUGUUCGACUCUCAGCAAGAAAGCGAGUUGA